AUGGUUUUCGAACACCAACACGGCACAACAACGCCAAACGACCCUAGUAUGGAUCGCAACAGCUAUAACCUCGACAAUAUGACAAACGUCCAUCUAGACCAUCAUCGGUCAGAAACACCACGGGAUAUGGAGUCUGGGGUCUCAACACCAACAUACGUCAAGGACCACAACGAAACACCCACAUUCGACAUCUACGACCCGAACCGACCGAAGUAUGGGCUGCGCCAACGUCUCAAGCACUUCACAUGGGCUUGGUAUACUCUUCCUAUGAGCACAGGUGGUCUGUCACUUCUUGUCUUUGCCCAGCCCAACCAAUUCCCGGGUCUCAAAACCAUUGGCCUCGUUAUCUAUAUCAUCAACCUACUUAUCUUCACAACUGUUACCAUGACAAUGGUCGCGCGCUUUCUCUUCCAUCCCGGAACAUUAGUCAAGUCUUUAACGCACCCUCGUGAAGGUUUCUUCUUACCCACAUUUCUCCUCUCCAUUGCCACCAUCAUCACCAGUACCGACCGCUAUGCGAUACCGAAGAAUGAUUCGAAUCUUGUCUGGGCCGUACAAGCAACAUUCUGGGCCUACGUUGUUGUCACUCUACUUCUUGCAAUUGGGCAGUACAGUUAUGUAUUUGCCGCUCACAGCUUCUCACUCAACACUAUGAUGCCUACUUGGAUUCUACCUAUCUUCCCUAUUAUGCUUUCAGGAACUAUCGCAUCCGUCAUUGCUGAGACCCAGCCUACUGUUGCCGCUGUGCCUAUCAUCGUUGCAGGACUUACCUGCCAAGGUCUUGGACUCAGCGUGGCUGUCAUGAUGUACGCCCACAUGAUCGGACGUCUGAUGCAGGCUGGUCUGCCCAACAGAGAGCAUCGCCCAGGAUUGUUCAUGUGCGUUGGUCCACCUGCUUUCACGGCACUGGCCUUGAUAGGUAUGGCUGAGGGUCUUCCUGACAACAUCGACUUUGUCAGGGACGGGACAUUCAUUGACGUGGCCAUUGUUAAGCUUAUGGCUACGAUGGGUGCUAUCUUCCUGUGGGCCCUGAGCUUCUGGUGGUUUGGCAUUGCUGCUAUCGCUGUCAUCCAGUCUCCCCCUAAAUAUUUCCAUCUUGGAUGGUGGGCGAUGGUUUUCCCCAACACUGGAUUCACCUUGGCUACUAUCUCUAUCAGCAAGGCUCUUGGAAGUACUAGUAUCGGGUGGUUUGGAACUGGAAUGAGUAUUAUGAUACUCUGUGCUUUCUGCUUCAUUCUUUAUAGCCAUGUGCGGGCUAUCCUUAGUCAAGACAUCAUGUACCCAGGACGGGACGAGGAUGUGGAGGACCACUAG